GCCAUUUUUUGUGAUUGCUGCCUUCCUCACAUUGGACAUUAACCAUCCCAUCAUGGAGCAGCACAAUAGCAAUAACUCGAAAGGAAACCAGACUAGCCAGGGCCAUGGGAGCAGCAAUGCCAGUGCGCAGACGACAACAACACACGCGUCUACGAACGAUUACUGGUGCCAUCAAUGUCAGCGAGAAAUUACGCCGUUGAUGGUCCCAGACCCCAUGUGCCCGCACUGUCACAACGAGUUUGUAGAGAAAAUCGAGGCAGAUAAUGACCCGCGUACAUUCAUUCAUCCGGAAACGCAAACAACAGACGAUGCAAGAGGGCAGCAUUCAAACUCUUCAGGGCUCGAUGGGACCGAUAAUCACGAUGAUCUCUUUCGUCUAUUCCAGGCGUUCUUUAACCCACAGAGAGCUAUGAUGCAACAACAGCAGCGUCAGCGCCAAUAUUCGAAUGAAUAUAGCUCGCCUGGACAGACAUACACAAGUGGGACACAGUUUAUCUUCAAUCCAGGCUCCACGAGUUCUACACACACGUUUGUGGCAACCAGCCCCGGAACAUCACAGCACACAUCAGCCCAUAGCCCGCCAAGGCAGGAUCAAUCAAUAGAGAGAGAAGCAGUAGGAAGCGAAAGUACUAAUGUAGAGCAUGAUGGUCAGCAACAGCAACAUUCUCAAGGACCACAAUGGCAUAGUCCUCCUUCAUUAAUCUCAGGGCUGCUGAAUCGUCUUGGAAUCGAGAUACACUAUACUACUGAUCCCACGGCAUUUCAAGAUUCCCGCGGGUUUGGAGCGCCGUUUGGCUUAGCUAUGGGUGGUACUGGUAGUGGAUUCUUUCCGAUUGUAAGCAAUCCCGGAGACUAUGCCUGGGGUCAAGGAGGCCUUGAUGAUAUCAUCUCGCAGAUGAUGGAAAUACAAAACCGUCAAAAUGGCCCUGUUGGCGCAUCAGACGAGAUUAUUGACAGCAUCCCUCACCACACUUUGACAGACGAAGAGCUUGAAGCCAAAACUGAAUGUAGUGUAUGCAAGGAUGAGUUCACGAAGGAGGAUAAUCUCUUACAAUUACCUUGCAAACAUAUCUUUCACGAAGACUGCAUCAAGCCCUGGCUCAAAGUCAGUGGGACCUGCCCUACGUGCCGAUUUUCAUUAGUUGGAGGAAACAAUGGUUCGACACAGGGAGAUCAUCCCUCUGCACCUGGAAACAGAGGAAAUGGCAACUCUUCGCAGUCUUCAACGACUAACGAACCAAGGAUUCCAGGAGCAUUUCCUACCGCUACCACCUCUAACUUUACUCAAUCCAACAAUAACGUCAACACGUCUUCUUCCAAUCCUGCUACGACUACAACAACUGGCCACUCUCUUGUGAUAGAGCCCCUAGAUUAAGCUUUUGGUGCUUCCUAAAGGGCUAUAAUAAAUUGAGUUCUUCAG